UUCAUCUAUUUCUUCUCUCUUGGUUUUAUUGGUGGUCAAUAUCCUUUCAUUUUUGGUUCUUGAUUUAUGUACUUUUGAUUAAUGGGUAUUUGGAUCUGAUGCUGAUUAAUGUUUUAAAGUGAUUUAUUUAAUUAAAUAUGGUAUUUUUACAUCUUGAUCGAGUGUAUCAUGCAAUUUCGAUAAUGUUACUGUGAAAAUUCAGCCUAAAUUUAGGUUUUUAUUACAUACAAUAGGACAGAUCCAGUUGCAACUUUUGUUUGGUUUGCCAGAAAAUUGAGGGAAAGUGACAGGAAAAUGGAAUAAAAAAAAGGGAAGAAAAGUAAGAAAGUUUUUUAAUUUAAAUAAAGUUUUUAUCCUCUUCAAUCCUAUUUAGACGUUGGGUCAGAAAGAAAGUUUUUUAAUUUAAAUAAAGGUUUCAUCCUCUUCAAUCCUUUUUAGACGUUGGGUCAGAUCGUUUUGGGGUUAAAUUGACGGAUGUUUUAGCAGUAGGGAAGGCCAUGUGAGUUGUUUGAACUGGACUACAGUUAUUGACUUGUUGACAGGGAUAAGUGCAUUGUUUCUCUUAGUGUGCACAAGAUGGGUAAAUGCAAUGGUUGUGGGAAAUUAGGAAGGAUGCUGCCAAGGGAUGGGCCUGUGAAUGCUUACAAUUCUGCUCUUUUGUGUUCCCCUGUUGUUUCUGUUUGGGAUUGCAUUGUCCGUAAGAUGAGAUAUUCCCACAGACCUGAGUGGGUGUAGUAUUGGUGUUAUAUAAUUAUAUUAGGUCUCAAAUAAGAGGAUUAAUUAGAAAUAGGUAGCAUCAAAAGUUUUCUUUUAGAAAAAAAAAAGGUUAGAGAAGAAAAAUGACAACUUUAUAGGGAAAUGUAUACGAUUUAGAGGAACUUUUUUAAAGAAAAAAAAAUCUGAGCAAACAGAAGUCUGGGUUUAAAGCUUUUAAGUAUUCAUGGAUAACAAGGCAUGCAAUAAAGUGCAACCAGUGGUGAGAAAAACAAAAAAGAAGCAGGUGAAGGAUGAGUUCGAUCAUAUUAAACGGGCUGAGAAGAAAAAGAGGCGCUUGGAGAAAGCCCUUGCUACUUCUGCAGCCAUCUGUUCUGAAUUAGAAAAAAAGAAACAGAAAAAGAAGGAAGAGCAGCAGAGGCUUGAUGAGGAAGGUGCUGCAAUUGCUGAGGCUGUUGCUUUGCACGUCUUACUUGGUGAAGACUCUGAUGAUUCAUGUAAGAUUAUGCUAAACAAGGAAGAGGGUUUCAACCAUUGGGAUUAUUCUGGCAAUUUUGAUCUAUUUAUGGGUGGAGGGAGAGCUUGCCUUCCCCAUAUGGCUCAAAUAAACUGUGAAGGGUGGGUCACUAAAGCAUAUAGAGCUGGAUACGAGUGGGCUGAGCUUGGAAACAGUGACUGGUCCUUCUCAUACGGAGCUUAUGGAAGGGAUCUACAUGCACCAUGUUUUGCGGAUGGAAGCUGGGGAAGUGCAGAACUUUCAGCUGGUCUUAUUGCAGCACAAGCUGUUUCAGCACUCCAGAUUACAGAGGAUGUAGAGGUAGACACGAUUGUCCUCAACGGGAUGUUGUGAGGCUAGUUAAGCAUUUUGUUAUGUUGCCAUGUUGCUUGGAGUCUUUGUUCAUAAUUCUGAAUAAUGCCUCUGUAUAUAUCUGUCAGUCAUCUGUUCUUGUUGCUUCUUUAGUAUUGAACUUUGUUGGCCAAUCCUAUACGUGUUUUAUCAUUUUAUCAAUUGGUCUGUUUCUUGAUAGUGUUCUUUUCCUUUCUCUUUUACGCCAACAUGAAUGAUUUUGAAGAUACUUGAGGCAUAAAUGGACUUGCUCUCGUUAUCUUCAAUCAUUUAUACAGAUGUUUGAAUCUUAUUGUAUUGGACAAGUGAUUUAGCAUGUUAUUGAUUUACUAAUGAUUUAUUUUGUUGCUCAUUCAAGUUAA